UUCACUCAGUUAGUUGUUGGUAGCAGAGCAGUUGCAGGCUACUCGACGAUAAGGAGCCUAUAAAUAGAUUUUUUUUUUUCUGAACAUAGUCAGACCCUUUGUGUUGCUACACCUUCCCCUCACACAGGUGGCUGGGCACGAGAAUGCUCUGGAUACGAAGAUGGGUUGCGUGAGGCUUCACAAGACGGAAGUGCACGUUUCCUGCGAAACAGCAGCAGAGCUGAGAUGUGUCACAUAGUGCUGCCUCUCUGUCCUCUGCGGUAUGGGCGGUCACUGCCUCUUAUCUCCCUAUAAAAGGAGGUAAUGAGCUCUUGCGCUCCAAUCGCCAAACUGCUAAUCCAGAAAGCGAGCUUCACGUGGAUCCCUAAAGACUGGAUUCAUCACUGCGCCGAUGGAUUGUAAAAAGUUUGGAGGAGAGUCCUCCGAUGGAGACACCGAAGAUCUGGACAGAGUGAAAGCACUAACAGAAAAGCUGAAGUUGCAGACUCGCAGACCGUCCUAUCUGGAGUGGCAAGAGAGAGUUGAGAGUCGACCGUGGAGGGAAAGUUACCCUGCAGACAGCCCGGACUCGGGAGGACAAGUCGUCUCCAUGCCUGCAAUUCUGAGAAAUGAGAACUCAGAGCUGGUUGUGCGCAAUAUAUGUGGCUUUGAUACCAUUGAUGAUGCUUUGGUGUUUCUGAGAAAAGAGCUGAGGGAGAUGCAGGUUCAGGACAACCGUCUGGCCCGCCAGCUGAUCCGUCUGCGUGUGGAGAUCCACAGGCUGAAAGUGGAGCAGGUGUGUGGCCGUCAUAAGGAAAUGCUGGAUGAUGCCACAUACGAGUUGGAGGAGUGUGGCGAGGAGUCGGACCUGCUGUGUGACAUCCCCAUGAAGGCUGCCUUCGCCCUGUCCACCCCACUCAAACACCUGGGCCUCACCAAGAUGAACAUCAACUCCAGACGUUUCUCACUGUGUUAAAAACCCUUUAUUCGUGUUUCUGAGGAUGUUCCGUUGGCCUCCUCUGUGUUGUGUUGGCUAGAUAUUAGGCUCAUUUCCUCACCAGGAGCUGUUGAUAGAGUGAAGAGUGGCUGCCAGCUAUUGGUGCCCUGGGUGGAAAUGAAAAUUAAUGUGCACCCUGGCUUGUCAUGCAUGAGGAAGCCUCAGUGUGCAGACCUGUAGGGGCACACACCCUUAAUGCAGACACACCUUCCUGCUGGACAGAGUCCGGGCUGCUCUUCUGUUGACUGUUCUUUGCUACAUGUCAUGUUAAUCACAGUAGAUAGAUGAAGGCUUAGGGGUAGACUGAGAUGUACAGGAAGGAAUGGGCAUUAUAUCUUAUGCCCAGGGAUUUGGUAUUGUAAAAAAAAAAAGUUUCACUUGUGCCAAAGAAGUGCAAAACAGUUACAGGGAGAGUAAUCACUUGCUAAAAAAUUGCCAUUGAAGAAGCCUUUUUCAGCCCUUCUGAGUUUGCAGGUAUGGUGGUUCUCAACCUAGGAUUCAGAGCCCAGACAAGGGGUUGCAAGCUAAAUCAGAAGGAACCACAAAAAACAGAUUUUCUCUAGUCUUGACCUCUUUUUUUCUUCUACUUUUUAAAAGAAAGUAUGAAGAUGACCCAUCUGCUCCAGUCUGGUCUGAUAAAAGGAAAUGUUCAGCAACACUAAACAGAGUCCUUUUAAACAGCAAUAUAUUCCAGCUGUUGAAGCCUUCAUCGGGGCACUGUCCGUCCCUACCACUACCCUCAAAGGAAGUGGGAGGUCACCCUCCAGCAAUUUUAUCCCUCUUCUUUACGAACCAAAUAUAUUUCCUUUAGCCUCACCACUGCAGUGGCAGGACCCAGGAGGCUGUGCCUAAAGCAUUUUGUUUUCCAUUACCAUAUCCAGAUACCAUACCAUAUCCAGAUGCUACAGAGCACGAAUUGGAAACUAUACAUGGCUGGACAGUGACCAACUGUAUUUGGUUUAGGGCAUGUUAAAUGCAUAUUAUGUAGCUUAAUAUUAUUAGUAACAACAAGUAGCUAGAAUAAGAUAUUAUUGUUGAGUGAUAUUUUACAUUGGUUGCAACUGUUAAAUGUAAAAAAAUAAAACUAUUAGCAUUAUUUUGAAAUCAUGCUACUGUAUUAUGAAUGUAUUUGACAAAUGAGUGUAAAAGAGAAAUGCCUUAAAAUGUAACUUUUUUCAUGCAAUUACAACACAAUAUUAAAGAGACUUUGCCAUUUA